AUGGGCAAGGAUCUCACGGCAGACCACAAGGCCAUCGCUAAGCAGCACGCAGCGCGCGGCGCUGACGAUGGGGCCGUCAGGAGCUGCAUUAGCGGCAAAGACGCCAAGAUGACGGCCGCGUCGCUGCCCGCGGUAUCGCGCGCCGUUCCCAACAGCUACAGUGGAGAAUUCAAGGUACACGUGUCGAAGGACUACAUGAAGUUCAAUGCUGCGCACUUCAUCGCGUUCAAGGUGGGUGCCUGUAUUUUUGUUGUCGUUGAGCGCUAUGGUGCCGGUCUCGAUGACGAAAGGAGUGGCGUGUGUUUCCAGGGAUUCCGAGAGAAGCUGCAUGGCCACAACUACCGGCUGGCCGUCACUAUCACCGGCCAAGUUGGCUCGGAUGGCUACGUUGUCGACUUUGGCGAGAUCAAGAAGGUCUCGCGCGCGAUUUGCAAGGGCCUGAACGAGUCGUUCCUGGUGCCGAUGAACAGCGACGUCCUCAAGAUUUCGUUCGAUGAUGCGAAUGUCCACAUCCUCACGGAAGACCUGGCGAGGUUCAGCUUCCCCAAGGCAGACUGCGCGUUGCUGCCGAUCGCACACUCGUCUGCAGAGGAGCUCACCCUUUACAUCGAACGUGGCGUGCGCAAGCUCGAGGUGUCCAUCGCGGAGGCCGACAACCAGUUCGCCUCGUACGAACGCACCAUCACAGCGUAG